GCGCUUCCCGUGGUGGGGACCGCACGUCUCGCGGGCCGUGUCGGGGCGGGCGGGCUGGCAGCCGCCGCAGGACGAGGCCACCGUUUCUCGUUGCCCCAAGCCCUCUUAGUCCCGCGUCGUCGUUACCAAGUGAACCUGCCCUUUCCUCUAGUGGGACGCGUGACAGCGCUGUCGUGCCUUGGUGACAAGUUUCCACAUUUCUUAGAAAGGCACCCGGCCGGCGCUCACGACGUGGGUGUGAGUCACUUACUAAAGGAGAGCGGCCACGAGCAGCAGCACGAGCAGCAGGCGCUUCGUGGCUCUUUUGUAAAGAAACUAAGUUGAACCCGGAGAGCAGCGUUGGUCGGCCCCUCGCCCCCUUAAACUCCCAGCGUGUUCCAUAUAAAGGACAGUCAUACUGCUUAGGAGCCUUUAGACGGCUCCUGGAGGAAUUGCUACACCCCCAGUGUAUGGUCAGCUUUUAGCUUUAUAUUUGCUUCACAAUGACAUGAAUAAUGCAAGAUAUCUUUGGAAAAGAAUACCACCUGCUAUAAAAUCUGCAAAUUCUGAACUUGGGGGAAUUUGGUCAGUAGGACAGAGAAUCUGGCAGCGGGAUUUCCCUGGUAUCUACAUGACCAUCAGCGCCCACCAGUGGUCUGAGACAGUACAGCCAAUCAUGGACGCACUUAGAGAUGCCACAAGGAGACGCGCCUUUGCCCUGGUCUCUCAAGCAUACACCUCGAUAAUCGCUGAUGAUUUUGCAGCUUUUGUUGGACUUCCUGUAGAAGAGGCUGUGAAAGGUAUACUAGAACAAGGAUGGCAAGCCGACUCCACCACCAGAAUGGUUCUGCCCAGAAAGCCAGUUGCAGGGGCCCUGGAUGUUUCCUUUAACAGGUUUAUUCCUUUAUCAGAGCCUGCCCCAGUUCCACCAAUCCCCAAUGAACAGCAAUUGGCCAGACUGACCGAUUAUGUGGCUUUCCUUGAAAAUUGAUGUACCAUUCUGAAUUCAGCAUCCACUUCAGAAUCCUGUACACUGACAAAUACAGAAAUGUAAAAUUUUUAUUUUCAAUUUACUGGAUGGAUUAUACGCACCUCAGCAUUCCUUAUUGAGUAUGUGAUAAAAUACAUAUAUAAUAUAAAAAUAUUAUAUAUAUUUUGUCCUUAAACAUUAUGCUAAAUAGAUGUUAAAGCAAUUCUCAUUUUGUAAUAUUUAACAAUCUGGUUGGAGCCCAUCAGUAUUAAGCGGUUAGUUUAUAGUUCCUGGAGAUCCGCAACGCGAGCUCCCUGCCUGGUGUAGAGCACAGCUGUCACUGCCAUCCCUGCCUGGUGCACACCUCUGUCUGCACCACUGGUGGAGAGGCACAGCUAGAGCAGGACGGUGCUCGGGGCAGAACCUGAAUUGCUGGGAUUGUGAUUCACCCUUCUUGGAGAAAAUGUUCCCUUUUCUCCCACCUCUGGGGAAUCACUAAUAGGUACAGAAAUAUAGCUAAGGAGCAAGUAGACCAUUUUCCUGAAUAAACCAGUUUGUUAGUGUUAGUUUUUUCCCAAUACUGGGAGUGCAUUCAUUGCUGGCAGUGGAGGGCUUGCCAGGCACAUGCCAUGUUCCCACGUGUUCAGUUCAGAGGGGAAGGUUGAGUGCACGGUGCCUUGUGUGGCAGAGAAGCGUUACAGUGAGUGAGGCACUCCAUGCAACUCUCCUGCGUCCAGUUGGUUGCUGACAUUUACCCUGAGGUUCAAGUUCUGCCUUUUGAAGAAUUGCUGAACACCUCUUCAUUCUUUAUGUGACAGCCCUCCACAUAUUUUGAGUUUGUUUAUUGUAUCUUUAGGUUAAAAUACCCCUUAGUUCAUUUAUUCUGCAUUUGUUCAAUAAAUAUUUAAUUGAAUUCUUCAA